UCUGAAGUAAUAUUCGCUCUCGGCUCUUUGCGCUCACAUCAUUCGCUCAUUCGUUUGGGAGGGCAAGAAGUCUGGAAGAAGACCUUCGACUCGAAAAGAACUGCUCAUCUUGAGUAAAGUAAACCAUGGAGGCAAGACUGGAAAAACUGCCGUGCCACUUUAACUGGGAUGACGUUCUGCUGGACGAUAAUAAACUCUCCACAGGAAGAUACAAGCUGGAAGACUUUGGCGACGACGAGGGAAAUGUCUGGCUCGGUCCGAUCUACAACGCCUUGGCCUUCGUUCAUCACCGUCUGGGCUCCGACGCCGAGGCCUUGCAGUGGCUCACUAAGGCCACCGAGGUCCUCCAGCUGGGUCGAGAGGAAGAUGCCAGGGACGGUCCCUGGCUGGUGGUGAAUUACGGGAACCUUGCUUGGCUGCACCAUCACAUGGGAGAUGACAGAGAGAGCCAGACGUACCUGUCCAACGUGGAAGAUCUGCUGAGCCGAUAUCCAAACCCCUCCGAGGAUGAGCUGCUGCCAGAGGUCGCCGCUGAAAAGGCCUGGACACUGAUGAUGCUCACCAACCAACGGGAGCAAGCGGAAAAUCUGCUCCGAGGGGCCGUGGAGAAGCAGCCUGGGCGAGUGGAGUGGAAGAGCUCCCUGGUCCUCAGCAUGCUGAAGGCUCGCAAGCAUGAUGAGGGUCCUCUGGAUCCGCAGGUCUGGGAGGAACUAGAGAACGCCAGAGAAGAAGAUCCAGAAAACAUGUGCAUUGCAGUCAAGUACCUCCACUACUCUGGUGCAAGAGGAGAAAGCGUGGAAGACCGAGCUCGAGAGCUGGCUCAGAGGGUUUUGAGUCGACCUCCUGGGAUCCACAACGGUCUGAAGUCUGUGUUACGCCUGUACAGGCAAUACCUGUCUCUCUCCGAGGCGGUCGAUCUGGCCGAACAAGCUCUGAGGAAGGACCCGGAUGAGCGUUACGUGAAGAGAUGCGCCGCGCUCUGCUACUGCUGGAGGAUAACGUUCAACUCCGAGACGCCGCCGUCAAGCAGAACCAUCGACAGAGGGGUGGCACUCACCCAGGAAGUCAUCGCUCUCUACCCUCGAGGCAAUCUUGUCAAGAAAAUAAACCUCGCCAAUAUAUACGCAAACACGCGUCGCCUGGCUGAAGCUGAUGAGAUCUACGAUGACCUGCUGGCUCGGCAGCUGCCACCAGCUGAACAACAAGUGCUUUACCACCACUACGCCAAGCAUCUGGCCUUCAAUCGGAAUGAUCGCACCAAGUCAGUGAAGUACCACAUGAAGGCGGCCAGGAUCUCAAUUCCUUCCUACUUCCGUAACAACAGCAUCAAGUCGCUGCGGAAGAUUGUGGCCCGUGGCAGAAACCGAAUGUGCUCAGAAAUCCAAGAGUUCCUCCACAACCUGAACCUGGAUGAGCCCUAAACUUGGUCUCCACCGUGGGAUCGGAACCGGCAACUCCCUGCUCCACAGCGCAGCCCUCCUCUGUUACCUAAACCGCUCAGCCUUAGCCUUCUCUGCCAGUCGCCUGUACUCUGAUAUAACAGCCCAUGGGUGGAAUCUUCUCUGACUUCUUUUUGUCUUUCCGCAUCAACUGAUCGUUGCCCCAUUUCUGAUAACAAUACCGAGAAUGUUACACACUCUAUCUAAACUUGUCUUGUAAUGUUGCUUCACCAGAUAUGAACUUUGCUUUCAACAAUGUGAGAAUAAAU